UGAUACUGCUCCUCCUUCCCAUGUUCCUUUGGCAGAAACUCCAGCCGGACAGCCCACCCAUACUGGACCCACCAUCUCCAUCUCUUCUGGAGAUAUACGAACCACAGAUCAUACAGUACGCUCCCCAGAAUCCAUACCGAAUGAUUAUGCACAGGAUGACGUGCCUACUGCACCGGAAAGCCACGAUUUGGGACGUGGAAAACGGAUCAAAGUUCCUUCGGUCCGCCUGAAGGAUUACUCUACUCAUACAGCUGUUUUGAACAGCCCAUUCCCCUCGUCACAUGCUCCGUCAUCUUCUUCAGUACAGGCAAAGAACCCUCAACAUAUAGGGAGGCGGUACGUGAUAAUGGUUGGCGGGCAGCUAUGUUAUCGGAAAUCCGAGCCCUUGAGGAUAAUGGCACUUGGACAUUAGAACCUCUCCCGCCUGGGAAGAGAGCGUUGGGAUGUCGUUGGGUGUACAAAAUCAAGUAUCAUUCUGAUGGUAGCAUUGAACGUCUUAAAGCUCACCUAGUUAUUUUUGGUAAUCGCCAGGUAGCGGGUCUCGAUUAUAAUGAGACAUUCGCUCCUGUUGCCAAAAUGGUGACCGUUCGUGCAUUCUUGGCUGUUGCAGCAUCGAAAAAUUGGGAGCUGCAUCAGAUGGAUGUUCAUAAUGCAUUUCUCCAGCGUGAUCUCGACGAAGAGGUAUAUAUGACACCUCCCCCCGGUUUUCAGAUCACAGAUCCGUCUCUUGUUUGCCGAUUGCGCAAAUCUCUUUAUGGAUUGAAACAGGCCCCACGGUGUUGGUUUGCUAAAUUAGUCACAGCUUUAAAGGACUAUGGGUUUCUCCAGUCUUAUGUUGAUUACUCCUUAUUCACUCGUACUCGUGGUGCUAUUCAAUUGAAUGUCCUUGUUUAUGUGGACGAUCUCAUUAUCUCCGGAAAUGAUUCUGGAGCUAUUUCUGCCUUCAAAAUGUAUCUUAGUGAUUGCUUUCAUAUGAAGGAUUUGGGGUCUCUUAAAUAUUUUCUCGGCAUUGACGUAGCUCGGAAUCCUUCUGGUCUUUUUCUCACUCAGCGCAAGUAUGCCUUAGAUAUUAUUUCUGAAACAGGUUUGCUUGGGGCCAAACCGUCUGCUUUUCCAAUGGAUCAAAAUCAUAAACUUGCUCACUCUGAGGGCCCUUUGCUUGAUGAUCCGGAAUCUUAUAGACGCCUUGUUGGUCGUCUCAUAUAUCUUGCUGUCACUCGUCCAGACUUAGCAUAUUCGGUACAUAUUUUAUCCCAAUUUUUACAGGAGCCCCGUCAAGAUCAUUGGGAUGCGGCACUUCGCGUGGUUCGCUACCUAAAGGGCUCACCGGGCCAAGGCAUUCUUCUUCGUGCUGACAGUAAUCUCUCUCUCACUGGCUGGUGCGAUUCUGAUCGGGCUGCAUGUCCACUUACUCGAAAAUCCAUUUCAGGAUGGAUUGUGUUCCUUGGUCAUUCUCCUAUUUCCUGGAAAACCAAGAAACAAACUACAGUUUCUAAAUCCUCUGCUGAAGCCGAAUAUCGAUCCAUGGCUGCUGCUACUGGCGAACUGAAAUGGUUAAAAGCUUUACUUUUGAGCUUAGGAAUUCAUCACCCUCAAGCUAUUCCACUAUACUGUGAUAGCCAAUCCUCUAUUCAUAUUGCACGGAAUCCGGUCUUUCAUGAACGGACAAAACAUAUAGAGGUUGACUGCCAUUUUGUACGGGAUGCUAUCCAAGAGGGUCUUAUUGCUCCAAAUUAUGUCCCUACAACCAUUCAGCUCGCGGACAUUUUUACCAAGGCUCUUGGAAAAACUAAGUUUCAUUUUCUCCUUCGCAAGUUGGGCAUUUUGGACCUUCAUGCCCCAACUUGAGGGGGGUAUUAUGAGUUAUUAUGGGAUACGUAUUAUUUUUGGUAGUAUACUUAUUAUUAUUGGUUACGUAUUAUUUAUGGUAAUGGAGUUAUAUUAGAAAUAAUAUACUCCUUAGUUAGAGUCCAUAAUGGACGGAGAUUUUUCCUAGCAUACAUCAGCGCUAUUCGGAUAUAUAUACUUGUACCAGGCACACUUUAUGUAUGAUGAUUGAUUGAAUAUUUUAUCUCAUAUAAUUUCCAUUCCUUAUACAGUAAUUCUUCAAGAUGGCUAUUGGGGAGGCAGAUGACGAACUCGAUUUUGAUACAGAAGAAGUUAGUGAGGAGGAAGUGAACGAUGAACAGAUUGGUUUCCCGGUGGUCGGGACGGUGAUUUCCGAUCGGAGGGUUAAUUUGCAGGCGCUUCAGGAUGCGAUGACUUUAGCCUGGCGCCCUGGUAUGGGGGUAUCCAUCAAAGAAAUUGAUGUAAAAAGGUAUCUCUUUACUUUUAAUCAUGUUUUGGAUAUGAAUCGUGCACUGGAAGAUGGACCUUGGGUGUUUGAGAGAGAUUUAGUGCUGUUAAAGACAGUUCAACCAGAUGAUAUCCCUGAAAAACUAAUUUUAUUUGAAGCAGACUUUUGGGUUCAAGUGCAUAAUGUUCCCCAAAAAUUUAGAAAUCUAAAUUCUACUAAGCGAAUUGGGAAUUUUUUUGGCUCUUUUAUAAAGUUUGAUGAAAGAAGUUAUGGAGACAAAACGAAAUCUUUUUUGAGAAUCAAAAUCCGUAUGGAUGUUAGGAAACCUCUGAAAAGGGGCACCUCUCUGAAAAAAGAAGGAAGGGGACAUUGGGUUGAUUUCAAGUAUGACAAGCUACCCAACUUCUGUUUCAUAUGUGGGGUGAUUGGACACUCGGAUAAGUUUUGCUUGUUACGUUAUGAGGAAGGAAUUAUUAUUGAAAAAUCUUUUGGAGUUGAGCUUAGGGUAGGGGGAGGAGUAAAAACUACCCGAACAGGUGCUAAUAAGUGGCUGAUACAAGACCCAGUGAAUUUCAAGGAAGCUGGGCAACAGAGGAAGCAUGAGCUCGAGGAGACGCAGUCGGCUGGGACAGGAGCUAGUGCAUCAAUGCAAGCAGCGGGUGAUGUGGAAGGGGAACCAGGAGAGACUAAGCGCAGAAGAUUAUGGGAGGACAAGCUUGAAGAGGACACAGAUGAAGAAGGCAUGGUGCUUGAUGGACCAAAAAAUGGGGAGGUGGCGGGUCGAAUCUCCUAGACCCGCCAGUACUGUAGGGGAUGUUUUGGAUCAAGUUUUCGAGUACUGGAGUUUAUUUCAUUCUAUGUCUUAGGUUUUAUUUCCACGGAUGUUCUUUUAUGUUUUGUUUCUUUGUUCCUGUUACCUUUGAAACUCGUACUUUAGGUUGGGAGGUUGGAAGGUCUGCGGUAGGCGUCGGUAGCUUUUUUUUUGCCCAAAUUCGGUGUAGCGAGUUAUAUUGCUUUGAACAAGGUGAUUAACUCAGUGUCUCGGCCAUGGGCGGAUGGUUACAUGUGGUCCUUUCAUGUUUUUGUACUCCUGUUGAUUGUUAUUUUAA